AUGUGUGUUCGUGUUGGGGGCGUGUUUUUGUUUUUAAGUGGGAAUGGUAUUUUUGAAAACAAAAACAAAAACAAACGAACAAACAAACAAACUCAAAUGAGUGCUCUUGUACACGCCGAUCUGGCGGCUGUGCGCAAGGGGAUACAAACGUAA